UAAAAGAGGAAUGUAUUUCUUUUAAAUUGACUAUAUGUAAUUUAUCCAUCUGUUCCAUAAAUGAAUAAAUUUGGGAAAAUUGAAUUUUAACUAUUAAAUGAAUUAUUACUUGUGUAUUGUAGAUUUUUUUAGGAUGAAAAAAACAGUAAGAACAUUGUUCCUACUGGGACUGCUAGGGUUUUCCCAAGCUAAUAUUACAGAUGAUGAAUGUGAGGAUCAAGAGUUUCAUCUUGAUCCAGAUGAUUGUCCAAACAGUUAUUAUAGAUGUUACAAAGGCCCAAAUAAUAGUUGGAGUGUAGAGCAUCAUACUUGCCCUCCUGGUACAGGAUUUAAUCCAGCAAUUGGUAACUGCGAUUGGACUGGCAACCUUCCUAGCAAUAUAUGUGAUGGUGUCACUCACAAGCCUACAGGACCGACAGAAAGUCCAACAACAACUGUAGUGGAUCACACAACAACCAGUUCUUCAAAUCCAGGAAACAAGAAGAGACUUGUGUGUUAUUUUGGGGCUUGGGCAUUCUACAGAAUUGGAUUUGGACAGUUUGACAUAGAUAACAUUGAUCCUAAUCUAUGUACACAUCUUUGUUAUGGCUUUGCUAAUAUGAAUAACCAGACUUGGGAGGCUGUUGCUUAUGACCCAUGGUACGAUCUUGCACCUUGGGAUGAAGGAUGUGAUGGAGAUCAUUGCCAUUAUGAUAGUUACAGAAGGUUUAACGCUCUUAAACAACAGAACAGUGAGCUUAAAACUCUUUUGUCCAUUGGAGGAUGGAAUACAGGAUCAGGACAGUGGUCUAUUAUGGCAGCAGAUCCCAGCAAAAGGUCAAUUUUCAUAAAAAGUGCAGUAAAAUUAGCCACAACCUUUGGUUUUGAUGGAAUUGAUUUUGACUGGGAGUAUCCCGGAGACAGGGAAGGGUCUGACCCUGAGCAUGAUAAGGAAGAUUUCACACUUCUUGUAGAAGAAUUUUCAUCUGCCCUACAAGCACAAGGUCUCAUUCUUACAGCAGCAACAUCUCCUGACCCAGUAAGAUCUGAAAUUGGGUAUGACAUUCCUAGAGUAGCUGCAGCACUAGAUUUUAUCAAUGUAAUGGAUUAUGAUUAUCACGGAGCCUGGGACAACUUUACAGGUGUUAAUACACCCCUUUAUGGAAGAGUUGAGGAAGAUGAUGUAAAUCAUCCAGGACAUUUUUUCAAUGUUAAUGAUACAGUUAAUUGGUACAUAGAUAGUGGUAUGCCAAAAGAGAAGAUCAACAUAGGAACAGCAGCUUAUGGAAGAGGGUUUACAUUGCCAAAAUAUUCAGAGAACACUGGACUUUAUUGUCCAGCAAUAGGAGGAAUGCCUGCUGGACCGUACACCAGACAAGAUGGUAUCUGGGGAUAUCUGGAGAUUCUUCAAGCUUUUAACAAUGCAUCCCUUGUUAAUCUACCAGGGGCAACUCCCAAAGAAUGGCAAAGAGUGGUUGAUGGAUGUUACAUGGCACCUUAUGCUGUAAAUGGACCUUACUGGAUUGGUUAUGAUAAUGUGGAAUCUAUUGCUUUGAAGGCAAAGUAUGCAAACACAAUAAAUGUGGGUGGAGCAAUGUUGUUUGCACUUGACCUUGAUGACUUUGAUGGACUUUAUGGUGAAACAUAUCCAUUAACUCGAGCUGUUCGCGCUGUAUUAGAUUCUGGAGAAGGUUUAAAACCUGAUCAAAUUCUAGGAGAAAACUCUGGAUGUGAAUCUGCACCUAUUUGUGACAUAGCUGGAUGAAUUUUUUAGUUUGUUAAUACUGCUAUGGAGUAAAGAUUAAUUAACAAUGAACAUUAAACAAUGAACCUAUG